AUGAAUCCGCUUUCCAUCACUGCCUCGACUUUGACAGUGAUCCGAGCCGUGGGCGUCGUGACAAUCGGGGUGGGAACUUUUAUAAACUCCUACCGAACUAUUGAUUCACGCUUGACGGGUCUUUACGAUGAACUUUCGGAUCUCCAACGCAAUCUCAAGACGAUUGAAGAUACGCUCAGAGGUUGCAAGGAUAUUGACCUCAGCCUGAUCGACGAUGCUAUAUGGCAUCCAAGCGAGAUCGCCCUCGGGAAUUGCGAAGCUACUGUCAGCGACCUAAACCAACUGGUGGAGAAGAUCAAGCAAGCAUCGAAGCCAGGGACGAUAGGAUGGAAAGCCCAGGCAAUCUUUCAGUUGAAGGUUCAUGAGCAGGCCCUGGCAGAUUUCCGCGACAAAGUCCACCAAUCUAAUUCAGCUCUUCAAACCGUGCUUCAUUUAAUCGUUGUGUCUCUUUCACUGCGACAAAAUGCAUCCCAAGCUCAGAUUCUUACCGAACUCAAUAACUUAAAACAAUCGAUAAAUAACGCAUGGAACGUUUCAUCACAACCAACCAGAGAUCUGCGGGACUCGAUGUCUAAGGAUAGACCGCAUCAUAACAUUACACGAGACUUACGAAAUUUGGCUGCAGCUGCAGAGAGUUUCUACGUCACAGCGAGCUCGACAGCAGGGACAUUAAAAAGUGACGACGGCAAAAGCGUACUAAACUCAAUUAUGGGCAGUGAGGCAAGUGGUGCGGGAGAUCUCCCUUACUCGCGGUACCAGCGCAUAGAAGAUUAUCUCUACAAUCUUCGUUCUGGACAUCCUUCUUCGGUUUCAAGCUACCCUUCUGGGCCCAGAACUGCUGAUAAAAGAUCUUCCAAAUCUCAUUUCAUGGACGAGGGCCCAAUCGUAGUAGAAAUAGCGGAUAAUGAUACCAGCGCCGAAAUCAAACACGGGCUUCAUCAUCCUGAUUCCAAUACUUUCGAUAUUCAGAAAGAGGACGGUGAUGACAACUACUUUGAAGAUGUAGUCUUAGCUGGAAUGAGAAAGCUGGCUAUUGAAAGCAUUAAAGCGCUAGACUUUGACGAAGCAAUUCGCCUUAUCAAAGAGGUCGUCUGCGACGGGUUCGAGGCUAAGACAAGAAAUUUUGAAUAUUUCGAGACUUUCAGCCAACUAGUCCUUUGCUACUCUUUCCAGGGGGAGUGGCGACUCGCGGAACCAAUGAUCAAUCUUCUCUCUAAGUCAAAUGAGAAAAUGUCAGACCCAAGUCAUGAUUUGGUCAUCUACAACUUCUUCCAUGCUCUAGCACUUUGCCACUUAGCUGAGUAUUCCUUCGAGCGAGCCCUUGGAUACUGCAAAAAAGCAGUCUACGGGAAGAGGAGACUAUACCUGGCCGGGCAGGCUGACAGCAAAGAGUACGAGGAAACAUUAGGGUUAUACGCGACUAUAUACGAAGUUUUUGAGGAUUAUGUACGUGCAAAGAUCCUCAGAGAGCUGUUGGCAAGUUCUAUAUACAAACACCCGGAGAGUGUUGUCAUUUUCUUCCAAGGCCACGAGAACCUACUUAUCAGCAUCAUCGGCUCAGACGAUAUCCAGGCACUAACUGGAGCUCUUCAUACCAGUACGGCUGAGUUAGCAGCUACUCCGACUGAUGGUACUCAAGAAGGAGUACCCGCGAAGAUAUCUGACGGCAAUAUCCUGAGAAUGAAACUUAGUCGAUACGAAAUACUUAAUCGUGAUACUGCAAAAGAGGCGGUCGUCGACACUCUCCGUUCGCCGUACGAGGCGGAUGACGAACUUUCGCCCACAGGCACGGCUACAUCACAACCCCAAAGCCCUAAAGAGAAGUCGCCGAUCCGGAGGCAUCUCAGUCGUAUCUUCAAGUCAAAGAGCUCCCGCCUGGACACAUUGAUUGAUAGCCCAUCUGCCACCAAACCCUCAAGUAGAUUUAGGCUGCUCUCUCAUAAAGGAAUAGGCCUUAAAAAGUUCAGAACCCAACGGCAAGGGCAUGAUGAGAUGGCCUUGUUUCCAGAUAUUGUUGAACAAGCUUGUGGGAUUGCUCCCGCUCAUGCUGGUCAGAGAAUUCUGAAUCAUGAUCUCAUGGAACCAGAGGACGACAAUUAG